AUGCCAGGCAUCUCCCCACCAUCAGAAGACCGAAGCCGAAGCCGGACAUCAGGGGAAUCCUCCUUUAGCGACCCAGAGCUUUUUAGCGGCCAGGCCUUGGUCCCGGCAGCAGCAACCAUUCUUAGGAUCCGCGAACCAGCCCCCACACCACAAAGGAAUGAGGGGUAUAGCUCGUCCUCCGCGGCGUCUCCCCCACAAAGGGGUCCCGAGCUUAGCGCAACACAAGCAACCUUUCUUGCAGGUGCCGCCGUGACACACGCCCACCACGCCUCCGGCGUUGCCUUGGGUGCUGCGUCCCUCGCGCACCAGGCUGCAGAGAGGGAACAGCAAACAGUUACUCAAGCUAGGGAGGCCGUAAUGCAAGCUAGCUUUCAAGCUGCAGCGGCCGAGGCACAGUACCGCGACGAGGCCCAGACGAUUGCACGGGCUGCGCAGGGUAUCGUGGAUGAUGCUAGGUAUCGAGAAGCUAGCCGUAGGCAAGAAGCCCAAUCCGCCAUUGAUGCCACCACUCGUGAGGCUCAACAACGGGUCUCAAUGAUUCAAGGUGAGGCCCAGCAAGCCAUAGCCCAAAGCAACCAUUCAGCACAAGCUAGAAUAAGGUUAGUUGAGGGUGAGGCUAGGGGUUUAUCAGAAGCUCUCCGGCAAGCCACUUUGGCACGGGAGCAGGCUGAGGUCGAUAGGCAGGAAGUGGUCCAGCGUUUGCGACAACGUGACGCUGAUAUCGUGAGGCUAGCAGACGAGAUGGAGUCGAUGCAGCGGCGUCACGAGGAGGCAAUGGCCGUCAUGGCCGAGCGAUACCGUGAUCUGUCUGCUAAGUUUGUGGAGAGUAGCAACGCCCAAGCGCAGCGAACCCCCACAAGAACCCGUCUCUCCUUUCCGGAGAUGUCUUUCUCCCCGGACACAAGCCAAAAUGAUGCGGUCCAACAACCCGCAACCCCUGUGAUCGAGCCAGUGCCUGAGGAACAAGAGACCUUAAGCACCCCGCUUGUCGCACAACCAACAGGCGAGAGCGAUGCGCCCCAAGAGGGUGCAGCCGCUGGCGCACCAGGGGGGGAGGCCAGCUCAGCGUCUCCCGAAGAUCCACAGCCUAUUUCGGUAGACCAAAGGGUUGAUGAAUUGGCUAAGUUGGUUUCCGAUCUAGCGAAGUUGGUCGCAGCUAGUGCCGCGCAGUCUGGUAGUGCAGCCGCGCCUUCGGGUGCAGCCCCAAGCGCACCAGCAGAAGCACAGUCCGACCCACCACCUCAGGUACCCACGUUGAACCUAGGAGGCACCGCUCAAGUCACAGCGCCCCCAGGCUCACCAGGAUCAGGCGGAUCAUCCAGCUCAUCGUCCUCAUCUGAUUCCUCAGCAAGGUCCGAGCACCCAGCAUGCAGGAUGUGUGGUUCUAAGAAACACGCAGAAGAGGAGUGCCCAGAGCUCACCUGCAACAAGGAUGGAGGUGAUGAUCCAGCCCCUGACGGUGAUGGGGCCGCAGCUUCAAGCGCGGCGGCUCCGAAGACCAAUGCAGAGCUUGAAGAGGACACCAUCAGAGUGAAAUCGCUUUCUGAUUUAUCCUUCCCAAACCCGCCACAAAACGCAGCGCAAGCGAGAGGGUUUGUGAAUCAGACCUUGAUGGCCAUUGGAAAGCUCCAGAAGACCCCAGGCGACGAGGUGUACAUCUGGGCACAAGACUGCCUAAAGAAGGAGCCUGCCGCACUUUGUAAGGAUGGGCGCUUCCCUCGCCUUGACCGCGAGAUCGCCGCUAAGCUUAUCAAAGUGUGUCGCCACGGUCGCUUCGGGUUGCUAUUCCAGCAGAUGGUUGAGUCUGAAAGGCUUAAGUCGGGUGGCAUGCCCAAUGGGCGCUGCAUGCUGCGCGCCAUAUACAGUCACUUCCAGUUGGAACGUGAUCGUAUGGGUAUGUUAGCGGAACGUAACCUCCUGAACAUUAGGAUCGGAGGGGAUGGUAUUUCCCAUCUGGAGGCAUUUCGUGAUAAAUAUCACUACGUCGCCAAUACCAUUCCUGUAGAGGAUCUCCCUAAGGACAGUACGAUCUUCAAUCAUCUGAUCGAUGAGUUCGAAAAGGUUUCGGUUCUUAAGCCCAAGGUAGAGAAGGCAAGGGAAGCAAGACCGGGAUCACACCGUCGCACUGCCGCAUGGUUGUGGAACCGCGUGGACAUUGCAAUCGACUUGCACCAGCAGCGUGUCAAUCGACAGGAGUUCGAUAAGUCCUUGCAACAGAAGCCAGAGACCUUGACUUCCACCUCCCAGCCUUCAAAGCCAAGUGUGCCCGCAACACCCGCACCGGGUGCUGCCGCAGGCGCACCGAAAGGAGGCACUACCGACAAGCCGCCGAAGAAGGAGAAGAAAAAGAAGAAAAAGAAAAAGAAAGACGAGGGCGAACCCGAGGUUGAGGUCCCAGGCGCACCUGCCCCAAAGGGUAAGGGCAAAGGCGGAAAGGGCGGAAAGGGCAACGGAACACCACGAAGCCCAAAAGGUGGUGAUACGACGCCCAGAUCUGCUCAGGCCAAAAGCGCCAGGAACAUGACCCCGGAGGAGAAGGCCAAGACACCGUGUAUGUUUUGGGCGUUCGGCGCCUGCAAAGGCGACCCCUGUCCGUUCCUUCACGACAGCAAGAACAAGUACACUGGUCCUAAGCCCAAGUCACUUGCAAAGCCAGACGCUAAGGCUAAGCCUAAGGCAAAGGCGAAGGCGAACGCUGCAACGGCACCGUUAAUCAAUGCUCUCCCCGCCGAGCUGAACCAGGAUGGCAAGAUCACCUGGCUUUGGGACACGGCAGCAGGUAGGCAUUUGAUAGGUCGCCAGGCGCUUUCCUCCAAAGCCCUUUCCUGUGUCACCCGCUCCGAGACACCUGUUGGUUUUGCCACUGGUGGCGGCGCGCGUGAAGGCACUCACAGCCUCGCGUUUGAGGGCAGCCGGUUGUUACCUUCAGAGGAGCAGGUCUACGUACUUAAGGAGUGUCCGCCAGCCUUUUCUGUAGGUAAAGCUGUCCUUGACGAGGGAUCCUUGUUUGUCUGGGACCCUCGGGAACACCGUCCGUACUUCGUGAAGAAAGAGGACGUGCACCGCUGCAAGCUUCGCAUCCCGCGCAAAGCGAGGAUCAAUGCGACCAGGGUCGUAGAAUAUGUCCCUCCAUUGCGCCCGGCAGUAAGGGAACAGAGCCCAAGCCUAAGCCCCAUUACUGCAUCGGCAUCCCCUGCGCCGAAGGAUGAUGAUACUGUGUCGUUCAGUGAUUUCGAGGUCGCAGAUCUUGAAGAGGCUGAAGCAAGCUAUCCUCGCACAACAUCUGGCGAUUAUGAUUGGGAAGCCGACGUCGUCGAGAAGCAUGCAGAGAAGAAGGCUGAAGCAAAGCGGCUUUUUCGUGAAGGCGCUGUAGGUGAGACAGCUGCCAGUGAAAGCUCCGAAGAAGAACUUUUUCCUGAACUCUUCAAGGGAAAGCCCGCAAGUACGCAACAGCCUGCCGAAGGCACAACAGCAAAGGAGGCUGCCUCAGGUCUAAGAGCAAACGAGAUGUCGCCGACCUGCCUCAUUAAAUUAGAUGAAGCUGGCGAGUUGAUCGUAGCGGCGGAGGAGGACGGCACCGCUAGGGGGGGUCACACAGUGGGAGGCCCUCACAAAGGAGCCCUUCAAUGGGAAGAGGGUCUUUUCCUAGGGUGGCGGAUAGACGCAGGCAUGCGCUAUCGCAAUGUUGUUAAGGUUCUUGAUUACAACGACUUUCGUGGUAAACGCAACACGUCUGUCCACGACGUGCCAGAACCUGAGUUGUACAUAGAGGACGGUCCGCCCAUCUUCCCAGUCGCGAAUGCAACCCGCAAGGCGCUUGUAGACGGCUCCACCUUGAGUGCUGCCUCCGGCGCACUACCCGAGAUCCCAUUGCGGGAGAUUCCCUUUGCUCUUGAAAGCAUCGGGCCGCCGGCGCCCAGAACACCUGGCGUUAGGAAGAAGCUGCUGCAAGGAGGGCUGCGCUUCGCGCCCUGGGAGAGUCACCAGAGACUCCCGCGCUGCCUUGCCACCGUGCACUGCCAGUACCACGCUCGGGGAAAGGAUCUUGAACUCACUGGGUUGUACACGCAAGAGAUGUGUGAGCGCAUCGCCUUUGCCAUCAACCCCAGUAGGGCCUAUAUCUCGGUUCCUGCGAUGCCGAUCUUACCCACUUCCACAACCACUGAACACCGCGAAAAAGAACAGGAACUGAAGCACGUUUCCGCUCUGAGCGGAUACGAGGACCUUGCCGCCGUAAUAGAGUCCGACCAGGAGGCUUCUAAGCUCGUAGAAGAGGUCGUCGACCUUUCCGCCCUUAUGUGUGCAGUUCAUGGCAUACCUAAGGAAGCACCCUCAAAGGAGGUGUCUGCAAUGGUGACGAAACUUCUCUCUCGGGCCGAAAUGCUCUCCUCACCUGAGGCCCUCAAUGCGGUGAAACAGGAAGCAGACGGUCUUCGCGCAGUUCCAGUGUGGGACGAAACGAACCCGCAGGAAUACGCUAGCGUCCAAGCGCAAGCGCGCCGCACGGGCACUAAGGUACACUUCGGCAAGCUGAUGAGCAUUGCGUCCAUCAAGUUUUGGGAACUUGCCAAGCACCUUCAGAAGGUUAAAGGCCGAAUCGUGUACCGGGGUGACUGUGCGAAGGACGAAGAGGGCGCCGCAGCGGUUUACAGAGAGUUAGGUGCAAACCCCACCUCUGUUCAGGGACUUAAUGCCUGUUUAGCUUACGGUAGCUUACCUGGCCAUCAGUCUAGUGCCGCAGACGCCGUCAAAGCGUAUGUGCAAGCUCUCCUUAAAUCCAAAUACCAAACUUGGAUAGAGCUACCACCUGAACUUCGUCCUGCUUGGUGGCGUGAGUGUUUUGCAAAACCAGUAGUGCUGCUUCUACGCGCGCUGUACGGCCACCCAGAAGCAGGCGGACUGUGGGAGAAACACCUUAAGGAGGUUCUUAGGAAUAUGGGUGGACAAGAACUGCCGGAAUACCCAGGUAACUUUUGGUUUCCUGAGACUAAGCUCCUUCUUUCCACUUACGUUGAUGAUCUUACCCUCUCUGGACCACAGGAGGAGCACCAACCGUUUUGGGAUGCUUUGUGUAAGGUUGUUGAUGUAGAACCCCCUGAGCCUGUGUAUCGGAUCUUAGGUCGCAACCAUUGCACUAUCAACGCCGAGCCUGCUGCCCUAGGCGCAUUAAGGGGUGCCAUGGCGUUUGAUAUGUUUGACUAUGCGCAACAGACCGUAGACCUUUACAAGGGCCUCACUGGCCUUAAGGCUCUAAAGCAUGCUGCCACUCCCUUUGCUCCAGAGGCUUCACUUCCUGUGAGCCAAGAGGAGAUCGCCGGGGAGCUUGCUCCUAAUGCAUGUAAGGUGUUAAUGAAGGCCCUUUGGCUAGGCAGACUUGCGCGUCCUGACUUAGUCAAGCCGAUAGGUGACCUCGCGACCAAGGUGCAAAAGUGGUCGAGGAACGAUGAUAAGAAGCUUCUUCGCCUGAUAAGCUACAUCGAUUCCACUAAGACCCACCGCCUUGUAGGCACUGUAUCGGACGGGCCAAGGGAGCUGCAUCUUGCGCUCUACGUUGAUGCCGACUUUGCAGGGGAAAGGGACGAUGCCAAAUCCACCAGUGGAGGUUUCUUAGUCCUAAAAGGUCCCAACACCUUCUUUCCUCUUGCAUGGGUGUCCAAGCGCCAGACGUCUGUGAGUCGCAGUACCACAGAGUCCGAGAUUGUGUCUUUAGCUCAUAGCCUCUUCCAAGAAGCACUUCCGGCAUUGCAGCUCUGGCAGACCAUCCUCGACUAUCCGAUCAGGUUAGUCAUUCAUGAGGACAACCAGGCUACGAUCCUAGUUGCAAAGAAGGGCUAUUCACCGAAGCUUAGGCACAUAGCGCGCACCCAUAAGGUCAAUUUGGGUUCCAUCUCUGAGGUGAUUGAUGAGGAUGAUGUAGACAUUGAGUAUGUCGAUACAAACUUGCAGGCUGCCGACAUCUUCACCAAAGCACUUCCACCACAAAAGUGGGAUAAUGCGUUGAAGUUGUUAGGCAUGCGCCAGAAGCUUCCCGAGGUUCUGGUAGACACGAGACAACUCAAGACCAAAGCCGGUAGUGGCCCUACCACCUCUCCCACUUCGGGGUCUAGUCCCAAGUAG